UGCUUUUAGCACAAUAUAGUGUUUUUGAAGAAAAAACGACAUUGUAACUGUAUUAACUUAAUAGUACAUGGGGUAACUUUAUCAGCGAUAUAACAUGCACUAUUACUACUAUGACUCUGUAUUGUGCUCAUUUUUACUUGGCAGUAUAUUUAAAUAACAUGAUCAGGCUCCUCAUUCCCCGCCUUCACAUUGACAUCAUUGUGUAAUGAAGGGAAGUGAUAGGGAGGUUCAAUGGGCUGGCUGAGUUCUUUUACAAGAGGAGACUGUGACUCAAACAACUCAGAGCGGCAGAACCUCUCUCUGGAAACUCAUGUUUCUGUAGUAUGCAUUGAGCAUCAGGCCAUCUUCAAGCACCCCAAAACAGCAAAGAACCCAAAGACGUGCCUGCCAUUGUCGAUGAAGGUAAUUUACAGAAAAUAGUUCUAAAAAGAAGAAGUUUGCUAAAAGAUUUGUUGGCAUUCUUCUCAGAUCAACACAAUCCGAGGGAGUCAUCCUGUUUAUUUAACUUCCUAGAACAAGAACCGAGCUGUAGAUCACUGUUCUUGCAUAACAGAUGGACUUUAAAAGAAAAAAUAUUUACAUGCCCAAAUUGGUAACUGAUAUGACUGCAGAAAAAAGGUAACCUCAGUGCUUAAGACAAAGACCACAAGCCACAGAGACCACCCCAUCCGGAACCACAAACCUUCAUUGUGUAACUUCAAGCUGUUGAUAGUCAAUCAGAGGACAUAAUAAUUUUUACUGAACAAUUACUGCCCAGACAUUUUCUUCAAGUGCUGUUUCAGCAGUAAUUGCAACAAAGAGAUAGAGAAAGGGAACAUGAAUUACUCCCCCGCUCUCUCUGCUACUUUGAUGUCAGUGGAGCGUGUGUUCCUUAUCAUCAGCAGUAUCUGUGUCAUCACUAUACUGGGACAUGCUCCCCCUGAAGGAGUCAUCUUGUUUGAACAUUUGCCCUCUGAACACCAUCUAUCCCCAGGAAAGACUGCUGUGUUUAUCUGCAAUAUUUCAGCACUUAACUAUGACCCCACAGAUAUAAAUUGGUCAAAAACCCACAAUAACAACACAUAUAAAAUAGCAGACCUAAAAAGCUUCAAAGGCACAGACAGAAUACACAUCAACAUCAACCGGACUUCCAGAAUUGCUGAGCUGCAUAUUAGAAAUCUCACUGUAAAUGACAGUGGAGAGUAUCAUUGUGAGCUUCUGAAUGUCACGGGGAACAGUAAAAUUAUGUUAAGCAACAGAUCAAGACUAAAUGUUACAGGUGUUAAGGAAAUUGCUAUGACGGUUACUGAAUCUACAAAUCAAAGCUCCACAAAGACAGACACAGUAAAAGUAGCCGUUGCCAUCUCUGCCUCCAUUGUCCUCAUCCUGCUGCUGCUGAUCUGCGCAUCACUGUUGGUGUGGUUUAAAAAACGAAAUAAGACACCACAGACUCAUCUGAAGCAUCUGGACCCAAGUUCCAACCAGGUUGCCGAGUGUAGUGCAAGCCCUGCUCAACAUAUUCAGGAAAAACCCUCACAGGACCCUGAAGUAUUCACAGUAGACUAUGGUGUGUUGGCAUUCCCAAAUAACCGUCCCUGCAGAAGGUCAGCAGAGCUGUGUACACUGGAGCAAGUGGAAUAUGCUACAAUCAUGUUCCCACAGGGUACUCCAUCAAUGGGAGAGAGGAGAGGAAAAGAUGCUGCUUAUACUCAUUCACCUCGAGUGUGCAGAGACUAAAAAAAAUGGAAAAAUGGAAGAAAAAAAGUUAUAAUCAUUAAGGGACUGUAAUACAUUUGUCAGAAUCUUUGAUUUCCAUUAGGAAUUCACCAGAAUUCAAAACAAAGUAUAUCAUAUGACAUUAGAAACCAUUCUAAUCGGCUUCCCUGAUUCUUAGUCUGACCCAGACAGAACAGGACACAUUAAAGCAAAAUGUUUGCACUGUUUGUAGUUCAUAUUGAAUUCCCCAAGGUAUUUUCUAUAGUUAUAAAAGUGUUACAACAGGUAAAAAAAUAUACCAUAGCCUGCAGAAGUUGGAGAUAUUCUUUAAUGGAAAUGAGCAUACAGUAUGAGUCAGACCUACAGUGGGUUCCAGAGAUGUACAGCACAUCGUUCUGGAGGAAAGCUCCUACUAACAAUUGUCUUAGGGAACUUUUAAUGACUCAGUAGGAUGAGAGAAUUUUUUAGAAAUCACAGUAACAUGCAUACGCAGUAAAAUAUGGUGUAGGCUUAGUGGAUUCAUAUCCUGUUACUACACCAUUAUUUUCCACCACUUUGGGAGAAAAAAUGUGUUGUUAAUUGUCUAAGAAGAUAAUUUGGGUUGUUGUAAUAGAUUGUGUUAUUUUAUUUAUUAAAUAUUUUCAUUUAAGUUUGA